GCUCGAUGUUUCUGAAUCAAGGUUUCAGUUAACUAAUUUUUUCAUAAUUAAUAAAAAAUUUUAUAGUUUUUGCUCAUUAGGAUGCUAAACACAAAUUUAAUGUUGUUUUCAAGUUUCGUAAUAUUUUCUUAUCAAAAUUCACCACGACGAAAAAAAAUAUCUUCAUGAACUUUUACUUAAUUAAAAAUGGCAACUUCUCAUACAAUAACAAGUUUUCCCGUUGUUCAGUCGUCGAUUCGAGGAUAGUUUAAUCGUAUGGUUAGGGGUAACAAUCUUAAUUAAUAUUAAUAAUCUAUUUUCUAAAUUUAAAUUUAGGUUAAAAUGGCACCUAAAAGAAAUAAUAUGAUACCUAAUGGCCAUUUCCAUAAAGAUUGGCAAAGGUUUGUAAAAACUUGGUUUAAUCAACCUAUGCGUAAAAAACGCAGGCAUGAUAAUCGUGUCAAAAAGGCAAGACUUGUUGCUCCCAGACCUGCAAAGGGUCCCAUUCGUCCUAUUGUGCGCUGUCCUUCUUUCAGAUACCAUACAAAACAAAGACUUGGUAGAGGUUUUUCACUAGAAGAAUUGAAGGCUGCUGGUAUUCAUAAACGGGAAGCUAGGACUAUUGGAAUUUCUGUCGACUACAGGCGAAGGAAUAGAGGUGUUGAAAGUUUGCAACAAAAUGUGCAACGUUUAAAAGUUUACAAAUCUAAAUUGAUUUUGUUCCCGAAAAAAUUAUCAAAACCCAAGAAGGGUGAUGCAACAGCUGAAGAGAUUAAGAUGGCCACUCAAUUGAAGCACGUUGUCAUGCCAAUCAGGAAGCGAUACCAGAGAGAGAAGGCACGUGUCCCCACUGAAGAAGAACGCAAGUUUAAUGCCUUUGUUACAUUGCGUGUUGCCCGAGCUGAUGCUAGAAUGUUUGGAAAACGUCAGAAGAAGGCUAAGGAAGCAGCAGAGAGUCUUGAUGCUGGUCCUAAGAAAGUUAAAUAGUGAAACUGUAGAAAAUAAAGUUAUUUAAAAAAAAAAAAAA